CAGGCUGGUUUCCGGUAGUUUGCGGCGGUGCAAAGAAGAAGGAAGCCUGUACCUCUACAAAAUUUGUGUCACCUUGUGAAAAUGAGUGGCUGUACUCUUCGACAACAAAGGCUUGCUAUAAACGAAUCGGUGACUACGGUGGGUUCAAGUGGCCGGAGGCUCGAAGUCGUUGCCAAGCCCUUGGAGCGGAUCUUGUUUCUAUCCAUUCGGCAGAUGAAAACAGGAUUGUGGCAGAAUUGGCCGAUCACUACAGCCACGCUUUGGCGCCGGUGAUAUGGUAUGAUGUGGCCGGGACGUGGAUUGGGGCGGAACGGGCAGGACACGGAAGAAUGAACUUUACAUGGUCUGAUGGUACCAAGUUUGACUAUGCGAUAUGGGCGCAUGGCUCGAGGACCGAGCAGCCGUACGUCGAGAUGUUCACAGCACGCUUCAACUUUAGCCAGAGUCAAGUCGACGACGCCUUGUUGUACUUGAACCAAUGGAACGAUAUGCAGGAUUACACGCUCUGUUCCAGUGCUGUUUGCAAGAAAGCUGCUAAAUUUCAAGGCACU